GUGGGCUAUUUACUGUUGACAGUGUGCUUGCUUCCCUUCUUCAGAGUUUUGGGGCAAGAAAGGGCAUCAUUUCCCCAUCUCUUUUUUCUCCUACUAUUAUUUCUCCAACAAUCUACUCAUAGCAGAAGAUUUGGCCCACUGGUGGAAGGUUUGAGCUAGCUCACCCCUCUCCCUAUUUAUUUCAAUUGUGAGUGGUUUAAUGCCCUAAAAAUCAUUCAGGCAUACACUCCAGCAGGCUGAGGGGUUGAGGGGCUGAGGGGGAAAUUUGGAGAAAGGAUAGGUAGUCCUUGGCGCUGCCAUGCUGGUCCUGUUUAAUCUCAACUUUAUCUUUAGACUCAGAAUGACAGUGCCUGUACCUCUUGCUUUGUGAUACACAAAAUAGGCCAGAGGGAAGAUUCCUGAAGCUGGUUGAACAGUGGUAGAUGGGCACCUUCUGAGGAAAGUUGGGGCCCAAGAAGGGAAAUAGGAGAAAGUUCUCCACUUUCCUAGAGGCAAUGAUCUCCUCCUGUUAACCAUUACCUCUGGCAUCAUCGUCUUGAAGGAGGCGGGACUUGGAGAAGGAAAAGAAGGGUCAGCUGGUUGUGAUGGACCUUGUCCUUACCCUGAGCACUCCACCCAGACAUGGAAGCAGCAACAGAUCUCCAAGACACAGCCACAUUACCUCUGAAGUUUAAAUUUAACCCAAAGCUGGGGAUUGACAAUCCUGCACUCUCAUUAGCUGAUGACCAUGACCACCUUGAUUCCUGGGGCUGUCAGCGGCCUCGUUUCUGUCUGCUGAGCAGGGAGGAGGGGGGAAAAUUUGGCUUCUAUCUGCAUAAGGAGCUGGGCCGGACUGGGCACAUAGUUCGAAGGGUAGAACCAGGCACUUCUGCUCAGCGCCAAGGACUUCAGGAUGGAGACCGAAUCCUGGGAGUCAAUGGAGACAUUGUGGAGCAUGAGGAUUAUCAUGGGGUGGUUCGUCGAAUUCGGGCUAGUGGUCCCCGGGUGCUGCUGAUAGUGUUGGCGGGGUAUGUGGAAGAGGUCCGUGCUCAUCAGGCUGAUGGUGCUCAUCUCUGUCCUGUCCUGGAUUCUGGUGUCAGACCUCGGCUGUGCCAUGUGGCAAAAGAUGAGGGGGGCUUUGGUUUUAGUAUCACCCAUGGAGAGAGGGGCUUCUUCUGGUUGAUAUUGACUUGUGGAGGAGCAGCAGAGCGGGCAGGGGUCCCCCAGGGCGCUCGGCUGCUGGAAGUAAAUGGGAUCAGUGUGGAAAAUUUCUCGCAUAGUCAACUCAGCAGAAAGCUUCGGCAGAGUGGGGAGCAGGUAACUCUCCUGGUGGCAGGGCCAGAGGUGGAAGAACAGUGUCGUCAGCUGGGCUUACCUCUGGCUGCCCCCCUGGCUGAGGGCUGGGCACUGCCUGCCCGGCCACGCCAAUUGCAUCUAGAAAAAGGACCCAAGGGGUUUGGCUUCUUGCUUCGAGAGGAGAAAGGCCCUAAUGGGCAGCUUGGGCAAUUCCUAUGGGAGGUGGAUCCAGGGCUGCCAGCAGAUAAAGCUGGUAUGCGGGCUGGGGACCGAUUGGUUGCUGUGGCUGGGGAUAGUGUAGAAGGAUUGGACCACGAAGAGGCUGUGACCAGGAUCUUGGCGCAAGGUUGUCAUCUCUCCCUGACUGUUGUGGACCCUGAUGCUGACAACUUCUACAGCAAGGUCCGCUUGUCUCCUCUCCUCUUUUUGGAGGAUGCUGGUCCCCAAGCAACUGGGGAACUUCCUGAGAAUUCCCAGGAGCUUACUUCAGUGUCUCAAAUGGAGGAUCGAGCAUCCUUGGCAAUAGAUAUGGCCCCAUCACUUGAAGUUUCUACCUCCCUUGCUCCUCCCACCCUACCCAGCUUCCGUCUUUGCCUUCUGAGCCCGGGGCCUGAUGGUGGUUAUGGUUUCCGACUCAGUUGUGGGACUGACAAGCCUGAUUUCGUCAUUUCCCAGGUGACCCCAGGGGGCUCAGCUUCUCGAGCAGGCCUUCAUGUUGGGGAUGUGAUCCUGGAGGUGAAUGGUCAUUCUGUGGGUAGGGAGAAUGCUUUCAAGGUGCUGCAGCAGUUUACUGAUGCUAAGCCACCCCUUCGCCUGAGGCUGGCAGCCCAGGGAGGACGAUGCAUUGAAGCCUGCUGCUCUACAGAGUCAGGAGAGGCCUGGAUUCUACCCUCAGAGAGUCUCUAGAACACCCUAUCUGGAUCUACUCGAUGUUUCUUUGUCUACUACACCUACUUGUUUCAGAAGUGGAUGGAAAUUCCUGAGCCCAGGGGCUAGAGAGGUGGGAUGUCCUUGUAGGACUACAGAGACUUUCUGAGAUGUCUCCUUUUCCAGGGUUUCACUGCCUGGAAAAGGGUGGAGGAAGAAGCUUUGCCCAAUGAGCAAUCACUGGGUUUGCUCUGUCAACAGCUUUCCAUCCAUAUUUCCACACAGGAGAAAUGUGCAGGAGUUUGGUAGGGCCAUGGAUCCCUGAAGAUAAAGUUUGUUUGGGGGAAGAGUAGGACCUGCAAAGACUGGGAUCUCCUGUAUUAUAUCUGAUGCUCUCCACUGAUGUGUGAUGAUGCUGAACAUUCAAUUAAAGUCAGAGACCAGUAUCAUAA